CGCCACAUUAAGCCCCUCCCACACUUGAACCGAGCAUUUGCAUGCAAAAAAAGAAAAGAAAAGAAAAGACAAACAGAAGUGAAGGAAAGCUUCAUUAUGGACAAAUAAUAACAGUGACGGGCGCAGGAUGAGUUUGGAGGGGGACUCCUCGCGCUGGAGAUGGGAUUUGUUUUGGAAGGCGCGCGCAAUUGGAGGAAAGGAGAGCUUUCUGAGGUGCCUUCAGGGUUGAACUGUGUGAAGAAGUUUGUUGAAGAAGUUCAAGAAGUUCUCUGGACCGCAUGUUUGGUGCUUUUGAGACUUUGUGGAGUGGAGUUUAAAGGACGUGGGCGAGGAGAAGACAUGCUGAGAGGUGUGGACACGAGUUUUUCCACUUUCAGGUAGUUUUACCGCAGUUUUGCGCAGGUUUACGCGUCUUUGUUCUGUUUGUAGUGCUUGUAGUUUGGUGCGUUUGGGGGUUUCAGCCCCCCAUGCGCUCUUCUGCUGGGAAGUUCGCGUGGUUAAAUGGGGGAGGCUGUAGACUCUGGACUGUAGAGGCUGUAGCUGUGGAGAGCUUUUCUCAAUGAACUAAAAGGGAAAAAAAGGAGGGAAAUAAGCUCAAACUCCUAAAGAGAGAGACAGAGAGAGAGAGAAAAAAACAAAGUGUGGGGGAGGACAAGCAAACGCAAUGGCAGGGAAAGAGACAGAAAGUAAAGCAGCUGUUUACUGUUCUGUCUCCAUCAAAAAGCUGGAUAGCUGGACCAUAAUAAGUAAGAGCCAGGACCAGCAACACCACAAAUCAGAGGAUUUAGAAAGCGCAGCAGCCCUUCCCCCUCAGGCUGUGGCAGCAGCAGGAGAAAAAGCUCAGCCCUCGGACGGCCAGAGUGUUGCUGUUGCAAGAAAAGUUUCCAAAAUCUCAGCAGCCUUCCUCCCAACCACAGAGCUAAACACAGCCUCUGGUCUCACAGUUCGCCUACUCUCUGAGAAGUUCAGUGCAAGCCACGGCUCUGUGCUGCUAGGAGCUAAGAGUUCUGCUUUUCCCAGGGCAAGAUCUGCAGAUCCAGAUCCUGAUCAAUAUCAAGACCUAUCAAUAUCACCUGUUCAGCACAGUGGAUUAUUACCUGAAGUUCCUCCAACUGAAGCUGACGUUUCACUGGGUAAUACAUCACCUACUCAAACUAAUCAAACUACUCAAACUAUCCCAACUACUAAGGAUCAUCACUACUCAGCUCGGGAGUCUGUGUCUGGCUCAGAUUCCUCCUUGGACCGUGGAGUUCCGAGAAGACGGGCUCGGAAAUCUGUAGAUGGCACGACUGCAGGAGUUCCAGCCUACAAAUCCAAUCGCAGGUAUCGCUCUUCGUUCGACGAGGCACCGCACCUUCACAUUGACUCAACCUGGCCGAGUGUAACGAAAAUCCGAGAGCUGUUCGGGGACGGGACUGAAAAAGCCCAGGAAAAGCCUCAACAACAGCAACUUCAACCCAGAAAGCAGCACAGGUCCACGUCAGACGCAGACGACUUGAAAUCCAUCGCACAUCACCUUCACCUUCAGUACUUAAACCAGUACGCUUCGAAAGAGGAGAGCUCUGUUGAUCUGUCUUCUUCUUCUUCGGACCUCUUUCACGACUCGCUGCAAAGAGGAGCUUGGCAUGAUGCGUAUCAGGAGGACAGCUCAGAUUAUGGCACAGACAGGCUGUCUGGGCUGCCGCCCGCGGACUCGGCUUUGCUAAGCCGCAAGGAGAAACUGUGUCACUCUACUUUUAGCACUGAAACUUGUUCCCACGAUGAUUUAAGCUGGCAAACAGAGCUGAGGAGAAAGCAGCAACAGCACCAGCAGCAGCAGCAACAAUCAUCGGAUAUAAGCAACACAUGUGGUGGCAGAGAGGGAACACAGGGCUGCCCAGCAAGAGUGGGCAGAGUGGGCCGUGACCCCAGGCCCUCUCCCUCUCCCCCGACCCCACCGCCUCGCAGUAGCUCGGCUGCACUACCUCUCAGCUCCCAUCACUCCUGUGCUCACCAUAAGCAGCUGGAGGAGCAGAGGCAGAGGGCAACGCAGCCACCGGAUAGUUUGCAUUCCUCACAUAACUCCUCAAAACCACACACAGGCCCCUCCGUGGAAGUGGAAGCAGCCAGCGUUCGCAGGAGAGUCAGCUCUGGAGAAGAGGAGGAGGAGGAGGACGAGUCUGAAAGAAGACAGACUGGUAGAAACUCGCACUUGUUUGCUCUUCGCAGCAAUGGAGGACUUGGCACCAAGUAUGGCGCCUGGGCAAAGCCAGUGCGAAGGUCGUCAGGCAGCGAGGAAGACAGUCCUGGAAGUUUAGCUCAUCACAGCAGAGACAUUAGACGGCGCUCUUUGAGAAAAAAGAAGAAAAGCAGCAGCAGCUGCAGUAGAGACAAUGGGGAGUCUGACGACAGCGAUGAGCCCCAGCAGCCUGUAGCAACUGAGCACCUGGAGCGUCACCAGCCUCAGCACCAACACCAGCACCUGCACCAGCACCAUCAGUCCUCUGAUUCCCAUUCCCAGAUGGAGGGCCACAAGCCUGAAGGUUUCCAAAACAGGUCAAGGCCCUGUUAUGGUGGGCCAGCAUGGGAGCGAGGGUACCCAAUCCAAGGCUCCUCAAUAGUUCAGGAAAGCUACAAGCGCCUGUACAAAGCAUCUGAAGGUCAAGUUGGUUCCAGUCACGUCCCACUAGUGUCACGUGUAUCAAAAGUAAACAUCCCCUCAUUUUUAAUAAGUCCCCUAGGGUCGCGGAGCAGCAGCAGGUAUUCUAGCACAGAGACCCUGAAAGAAGAGGAUCAGCCAUCUAAUGUUUCGAAUGCUUCGUCAUCUGUUUUAAGCAAAACGUUUCACGGCAAUGCCACUAUGUACCGCUCACCUAGCUUUGGACAUGGAGACAACUUUUCUCGGGCUCCCGUCCGGGUUCGACCCAGGUUAGUGCCUGGGUUAAGUCCGGGUGAUGCUGUCUCUGGCACGACAGAUAACAGGCUAUACCGUAGCUCUGUCGUCAGCGAUAAACAAAAGGAUAGAAUAUCCAUGUCGAAUCCUGAUAUUGCCUCAGAUACUCUAUCCCUGCUGAGCUACCUGAAAACAGAUUUACAAGAGCUGAGAAUGAAGAAGAGAAAAGGAUGUGACGGUGAAGAAGGGCUUAACUAUGGCUUCCAGGGUGGUCAUGGUACGUCCCCUGUCUACAGAAUGGGCUCAAGAACAGCGCCAGGUCUGAACACCAGACGGCCUUCGCUGAAAGACCUCACUGCCACUUUGAGGAGGGCCAAAUCUUUUACGUACUCUGAGAAGCCGUUAGGGCGAAACUGUUCAGGGACUGGGCCGGCUAUGAGGAGUUCCUCCGAGCAGCGACUGGACUGUGAUGGAGACGAUGGAGAUCGAAUAGUGGUCUCCGAUCGUGAAGUGGAAAGUGAUGAUUGUAGAGCUGGCUAUGGUGGCUACGACGAGCCCAUGCCAACCCCUCUUCAAGAUCGCUACGUUCAAGAAGCGAGACAGGUUAUACGUGAUAUUUGCAACAUGAGUGCUGGUAAAGAUGACGACGAUUACAAUUAUGAAGAUGAUGAAGGAUUCAAAGGAAAAGAGAGCUCUGUUUUGGAUGAAGAUGGCAAAGAAGGAGAUAAGAUGAUGAAAAUGAUAAUGAAGCAACAUGAGAAGGAGGAUGUGCAGAUUGUAGACACUGAAAAAUGUAAAGAGCAAGCUGAGCGGGAAAGUGCGAAGUGCUUACUGAGAGGAAAUUCGGAAGAGAAUGUGUUCUGUGAUAAGUUGGUGGACGAGCUGUCUGGACACGAGUCCAGUCUGACAGAUGAAGGAAUAGUAACAGAGCCGGAGGCUGGAGGGCUGUCCUCUGGCACAGAUAUACUGGGCCAGACGCUCACUGUUUGGAAUCAGUCUGGACUGUAUGAAGAGAAGGCGGCUGACAUGACUCCCGAGAACUCUUUCUCCGCUCCGGCUCCUUCUGUAAGGACGGAAUAUGAAGCGGUAGCCAUCGGAGGAGAUCUAAACAUCAGUAAAAACAUCAACCAGACUGCUGUGGAAGCUCCUUCAACUCCCAGUGCUCUACGGAGACGGAGAAAGUUCUCCUCAACAGGCAACAAUGGCUCGGACUCAAGCAAUGGGAGUAACGGUGAGUCGAAUGGCGAGUCUGCUUAUCGCUCUCUUAGCGAUCCCAUGCCAAGACGUCGCUCGGUUGCAGAAGACACGGGUAACGGCUACUCAGUGGACAGCAACCUGCUCGGUUCACUUUCUCUAAACUCCAAAGCAGGGGUUGGAACAGACUCCUCUGCUGCAGAUCUCUCUGAAUGUACCGGCAGCGCGGCGAGUGACCUCUCGGUUUGUAGCGACAGUCUCCGAGAUUACAGCAACGUCAUCCAGAGCAUUGUGCACGAGCCUGGUGCUAUGGACAAACUCAUUGACGAGAAAGCGAAUGGUAAAGCUGUGAAAAAGAAAAGUUUUAGCGACCCCAGCAGGCGUGGAGAAUUGACCGCGCCAACCCUGGAUGUCCAGAAACAUCCCAACGAACCUAUCAAUGAAUCCGAGCAGCCCAUCCCACCUUCCAGCAGCGAGCCUAUCUUGUCAGAGCAAAGAGACGAGCUGUGGGAGCUGAACAAUGAACAGCGACAGCCUUAUUCGGGUCGGAGACCUCGGUCGCAGUCUGAGCACGUUCUGCCUUCACAAUUGGACCGAAACAGGAAUACUAAAGCAGAUGGUGAUGAAUCAGGCUUCUCUUUUGACCCAAAGCUGGCUCAAGUCUUGUCACCCUGCAUAAGCCGACGCAGCUACAAGAAACGCACUCAUCGUGUCGCCCACCAGCACUCCUGCGAGGAAGGAGACCAGCUACAAGAGCAACAGGAGGAGAACCAGUCCCCUGAAGAUCGUCUGGCUCUGGAUGACACAGCGUCAGUCCUUCCUCAACUCCCACCUCCUAAAAUUAGGCCGAAACAUGUGCGCCAUGCGAGCGAACCUGCCACCUUUUUACCCAUCGCUCCUUCCCCCUCCAACCAAGACCACCAGCAAGGUAGCACCUUUAAGCCCCCAGAACUCAAACACAACCAGGGUGAGGGAACCCCGUCACUUGAGGACGUGACUGAGCAGUACAUCUUAGCCUUGAACCCUCCUGAAGGGUCUUCGGAUGCCCCGGUGUCGAGCGCUGAGGAGGUCGUGACCGAGGGUUCCAGGUCUAUUCCUGCGACCCCGACCACUCCGAGUGGACCCAGCGUUCAGAGGAAGUCCAGCGUGGAUCUGAGUCCAGCUCCGCUCAAAGCCAAGCCUCGGGUGGAUAUGAGAAGACAUGUGGUGAUGACUCUGCUGGACACUGAACAGUCGUAUGUGGACUCGUUACGCACACUCAUCCAGGGUUAUAUGAAGCCGCUGAAGCAGCCGGAUAACUCCCCCCUGUGUGAUCCGUCUCUGGUGGACGAGAUGUUCUAUCAGAUCCCUGAGAUCCUGGAGCAUCACGAGCUCUUCCUGGAGCAGGUGCUCAUCUGCGUCAACGACUGGCACGACCGCCAGAUCAUUGGCCAGCUGCUCGUCCAAUCAUUCUCUAAAGAGAUCCUGGCUAAUAUCUACUCUGCGUACAUCGACAACUUCCUGAACGCUAAAGACGCGGUGCGGAUCGCCAAGGAGGCCAAACCUGCUUUCAUGAAGUUUCUGGAGCAAAAUAUGCGUGAGAAUAAGGAGAAGCAGGCUCUGGGGGAUCUGAUGAUCAAACCGGUUCAGCGAAUCCCUCGAUAUGAGCUGCUGGUCAAAGAUCUGCUGAAACACACUCCAGAGGACCACCCCGACCACCCGUUCCUGUUGGACGCUCAGAAGAACAUAAAACGAUUGGCUGAAAAGAUCAAUAAGGGGCGGAGGAACGCGGAGGAGGUGGAGCGGGAGACGAGGGUCAUGCAGGAGAUCGAGGCACAUAUAGAGGGGGUGGAGCAUAUCCUGAAUCCUCAGAGGAAGUUCCUUAGACAGGAAAUGGUGAUGGAGGCGAAGUCUGUGGGGGGGAAGAAGGACCGCUCGCUGUUUUUGUUCAGUGAUCUGUUGAUCUGUACGACUCUGAAGAGGAAGUCCGGUUCUUUACGGAGGAGCUCUAUGAGUCUCUACACCGCUGCUAGUGUCAUCGACACCUCGAGUAAAUAUAAGUUUCUGUGGAAACUUCCCCUGGAGGAUAUAGAACUAGUGAAAGGUUCUAAUCAGGCCGCUAACAGAGACACCAUCCAGAAAACCAUCAGCCGUCUGGACGAGGACCUCAGUACUCUCGGCCAAAUCAGCAAACUGUCAGAAACACUCAGCUUCCCACACCAGUCUCUGGAUGAUGUGAUAAAGGAUCUGAUGGCGUCGGUUCACAGAGAGCUGGCUGAGAAACAGUCCCUGGCCUUCAGUAUGACCUUCCUGCCCACCAAACUGGAGCUGACCACAGCGUCGGCCGAGAGCACCUUCAUCUUCGAGUUCAGCAGCCCGGACGCCCGCAGCAACUUCGAGCAGGCCUUCGAGGAAGCCAAGAAGAAGCUCGCGAUGAAUAAAGAUCAGUGGGACCCGGAGUUCCUGAAGGCGAUCCCGAUCAUGAAGACCCGCAGCGGGAUGCAGUUCUCCUGCGCGUCUCCGAGUCACAGCUGUCCCGAGAACACGUACGAGGUGUGGGUGUGUAACAGCGACGGGUACGUGGGGCAGGUCUGCCUGCUGAACAUCCGGGACGAGCCCACGGUGGAGGCCUGCAUCGCCGUCUGCUCCGCACGCAUCAUCUGCAUCGCAGCCGUCCCCGGACUCAAGAGCAGAGAGCGGGGGGAGUCCAGGCAUUCUGCCCCUGCUGCCCCCUCAGAUCCACCCUCAGCCCCCUCGGCCCAGCCCCAGCUCCACAUCUCCAUCUCAGGCUCCUCUCUGGAGCUCAGCGAGCCCCCCGCGGCCCCCGUCCCCGAGCUGGUGCCUUUCGACAGCGAUGAUACGGACGACGAGGACUCCCCCAGCCCUUCAUCCACACUGCAGAGCCAAGCCUCACACUCCACCAUCUCCUCCAGCUACGGCAAUGACGAGGCGGUGGUCUGUAAGGACAUGGCCACAGAGACCACCAGUUCUGAGGAGGAGCAGGAGUUUCCGGUAUCCAACACGUUCGGAGCUCAGAGACUGAGCGCUGAGAGCCCGAUGGACGGCCGGGCGAUGCGGCGCUCCAGCAGGGGCUCCUUCACCAGAGCCAGCCUGGAGGAUCUGCUGAGUAUAGACCCCGAGGCCUACCAGAGCUCCGUCUGGCUCGGCACUGAGGACGGCUGCAUCCAUGUAUAUCAGUCUUCAGACAACAUCAGGAACAGGAAGAACAGUAUGAAGAUGCAGCACGCCGCCUCCAUCCUCUGCAUACUAUAUCUUGACAACAAAGUGUUUGUGUCUCUCGCCAAUGGAGAAGUGAUUGUUUAUCAGAGGGAAGCAGGCAGUUUCUGGGAUCCUCAGAGUUCUCAGACGUUGGGUUUGGGUUCUCCGAGUGGACCGGUCACUAAGAUGGUUCCAGUGGCCGGUAAGCUGUGGUGUGGCUGCCAGAACCGGGUCCUCAUCAUCAACACCAGCACUUUAGCACAGGAGCAUUCAUUCCAGGUUGGUCAGGACAGCAGUCGCUGCGUGACCUGUAUGGUCAGUUAUGGUCAGGGCGUGUGGGUGGCUCUUCAAGGCAGCGCUCAGGUCCGCCUGUAUCACUCCACCACCUACGAGAGCAUCACUGAAGUGGACGUGGCUCCAGCUGUACACAAGAUGCUGGCAGGCUCUGAUGCGAUUAUCCGUCAGCAUAAAGCUGCGUGUUUGCGGAUCACGGCUCUGCUGGCGUGUCGAGACGUGUUGUGGAUUGGGACGAGUGCAGGUGUGGUUCUAACCCUGUCCAUCCCACCUGUAUCCUCUAACGUGGGGGCGGGGUCUCUGAGAACCCCACUCCUCCCCAUGGGCUCCGCCCACGGGCACACCGGGCACGUCCGCUUCCUCACCUCCAUAGAGCUGCCCGAGGGAUUCGACGUCAGCUUCCCCUCCCAGACAGAGGGGAGCACAACAGUGAACUCAGCUCAGUCCACUCUGGAGGUCAGCAGCACUGUGGGUCUUCAGCGCCGAGACUCCGCCCACCGCCGGGCGUCCACCCUCCUCCAGACCAAGUCCAGCCUGCUGGUGAUCAGCGGCGGGGACGGGUACGAGGACUUCAGACUGACCAGCAGCAGCGAGACGGUGGGACGAGACGACAGCACCAACCACCUGCUGCUGUGGCGCGUGUGAAAUAGGCUCCGCCCACUGCCGGACUUUGCGUGAGAGGCUCCGCCCCUCUACACCAGCCGCUGGUCGCACACACAUAUGCCCGCCCUCCCGCCCGCCCACCACACUCUUUAAGCCCCGCCCCUCUAAACGUCUCUAAACAUCUCUAAACAUCUCUUAACGUCCGCCACUCAAGCCCUGAGUCCUGCUAUCUGCGUGCAUGCGCUAAACCAACCGGAAAAAAACAACUGAAACUCAACCAACUAACGCAAAAAAAAAAGGCGGCGUUGUUUUAUUGUUCGUUUUUCUUUUUUUGUUUGUUGCGUUUGUUGUGUUAUCGGUCAUUGCGUUGAACUUUGUCCAAUGGUGUAAGAAGUGAACUUUGCUCUGCUUGUGGUGUGUUUUCUUGUGGGAUCCUUUUUAACGUGUAGCGAAAAAUUCUUCAGAACGUGAAUUAGCGUGAAAUUAGUGCACAGGCUAAAAGAUAAGCAAGAAGGAUUGAGGUGAAAAGAAGGAUCGAUUAUGAAAGAUAAGGAUAAGGAAAGAGAAAGGAAGCCAGAAUGCUGGUUAAACAUUUUUGAAGUGUUUAGGAGGAAUCUGCAAAGUGGAAACGGCUUUCUGUGGUGAAUUAGCUAGCGUGCUAACUCUGCUUUAGCGGGUAAUUAGCGGAUAAGCUAAUUUUGCCAUCAGAAAUGAAAGGAAAGUGAAGUACUGAACCAAAAAAAACAAAAAGAGAUUGUAAGUGAUGCAGGAAAGAAAGAUAGUAAGAUAGCAAAGGGAAAAGAAGGCAAAAAGAAACAAUAUGGCGGAUUUAGAGAUGAUGAGAGCUAGCAGUUAGCAUUAGCUAAAAACAAUGUGGACGGGCAUUGAGACGUUAAGCUAAAGGAAAAGGAAAAGGAAAGGUGUGUGGGCAUCCAGAGGGGUUUAUUCAUCCCUUUUUUUCCUCUACUUUUAGAGAACAGUGGGCACUCGUUUAUUCAGUGUGGUCAACUAGUGCUCCCUCACACUGUGAUGAUCGCGUUCAUGAAUGAAGAUUUAGCGCUUUUACUUUAGCGCUAUGCUAAAAAGCGCUAAGAGUGAUACGAGAGUUAACCUAUACGUAACCUGAUGUGCAAUAUAAGGAUAGGGUACAUACAAAUAUACAUAUAUAUAUAUAUAUAUAUAAAAUAUACAAUUAUAUUGCGAAUAGCUCUGAAACUACAACGCAGCGCACAUAAAAUACACAAUUACAAACACACACACACACACACACACACAUUUACCCCUCCUGUGAGAGUAUGCAGUUAGCAUCCUAACCGUAAUCGUUAAAAAAAAAAUCACAUACGCCGUUUCUUCACGCACUCGUAAUCACCGUACUCGUUCUGUUUAUAGUUAUUAUAGAUUUUUUAUAAAUUAAAGAAUUAAAGAGUGGCAGGUGGUUUCACAAAAAACAGCAGGAGCAUUCGAUACUGAUCGCUGUUGUGUUGGAAAAAAAAAAAAAGAAGAAGAAAACUAUGUACAGUAUUUAUGUUUUUGAUUUUAGUUAAGCCUUUUACUUUUACAGCACUUAAUUUAUAAAGACUGAUGUUUUUCUUUUCUUUUUUUUUUCUAUUUUUUUCCCUUAAAAAUGCUCUCGUUUAUCACGCAGUCCAACUUACAAAAAAAAUUCAUCCACAGGAUUUCCAUACAAUGACGGUCGGUGUAAGGUUUAUUUUUUUUUUUUUUCUGACUGUUUAAGGCUAAAUGCACAAGUAGAAAAUUGUAUGUAAAAACUAUUAUUAUUAUUAUUAUUAUUAUUAUUAUUAUUAUUAUUAUUAUUAUUAUUAUUAUUAUUAUUUGUAGUUUAGUGUACAAGAAAUACGUUUUCAUAAAAGGUUUCCAAUUUUAUUAUAUAUAUAUAUAUUUUUUUUAUCUCUGCACCUCACUUGAAAUAAGAUUUUCUGGAAAAAUGAAAAAAGGAAACAUUUCUUUAUUUUCUGAUUUUUCCAUUUUUGCAUUUUUGCAUUUUUGCAUGGAUUAUACACUCAGAUUAGUGUUACAUGAUACAAAAAUGGACAAAUCUGAAAAUCAAGACAGGAAAUAAAAAAAAUAAUAAUUUAUUAAUUUCUUAAAAUUCUGUUUGCCAAGGGCUGAAAUGAAAAACUAUAUAAUUAAAAACGUUUUAUACCCAAUUUUCUAUUUUCGAAUUUAGCUUGAUACAGUCAGAAAAUUAAAUUGCUAAACGUUACACUGACCACUGACAACUUGAUAGAGUUUAUUUUUUGAGUUAUAUACCUGGCACCCACUCAAUUGGUGUAAAUUCUAUUUGCUCAGUUUUUGGACCAUUUGAGGCUAAAUUUGGUUAUGAAACUAAAAUUGGCUGUGAAACGUCAUUAUUUAUUUAUUUUUCUUUUGGUGUUGGAAGGAACAACUGUUUUUUUAUUAUUAUUAUUCACAAAUUUCAGAAUUUCAAAAUUUCAACAUUUUUUUUUUUUUAUUUUUUUUUUUUUAUCAAAUAUAGUGAGUGUAUGCAUUUUUGAGUUUCAUGGUUUAGCUGGUCAACCAGCCUGACCAGAAUGACCUAGCAUAAGUGAACCAGUGUGACAACACUUGAUCCACCUAUAUAACCAGUUUAACAAGCUUGAUCUAAUGGUUUAAUCCGCCAACUUUAAUUACAAGAUGUGAAAAUCAUCAGAAAAAUCAGAAAUUCGAGUAACGAUUGUGAGGCAGAAAUAAUACAUUGAAAAAUGAAAAUGGAGAAAAAACUUAUGCAAACCCAUUUUUCCUUACUAUACCAAAAAAAAAGAAAUAAUAUUAAAUAAUUUUUUACACCCAAUUAAGUGUAAGUAAGUGUAAAAAAAAACUGAACUGAUAAAUGUUACACUGAUCAGGAUGACACAAGCAUUUUCACUGAAAUUAGCUAAAUUGUGUAUUGAUACAGUCAGUGUUCAUAUAUUAUUAUACCUGAUAACAUGAUAACAUCUCAUUAUAUAAAUCUGCAUAUCCAGUCUGUGUUUAUGAACUGCUGUUACAUGUAGAGAGUGAUGUACCGCUGUGUUCGGUGUGGAUCGGCAGUUGGGUGUUUGUUUAGGAAACGUCAGGUGUGUGUGUGUGUGUGUGUGUGUGUGUGUGUGAGAAAGUUACAGAGUGUCAUUGUCAGUACCAGUCAAAAGUUUGGACACCUCUUAAAUUCAGUGUUUUUUCAUUAUUUUAAAAUGUUCUGUAUUGUAGAUUAAUACUAAAGUCACCCAGACUAUAAAUAAAAACACACAGAAUUAUUUAGCAAACAAAAAAAUAAUAUGUUAAACAACCCAGAAUACGAUUUAUAUUUUAGAUUCUUUAAAGUAGCUAAUGUGUCUGGAUUUUCUCAGUCAGUUUUAUGAGGUAGAGUCACCUGGAAUUCAGGCUUUCAGUUAACAGCUGUGCUGAACUCAUCAAGAGUUAAUUACUUGAAUUUCUUGUCUCUUAAUAAAGUGUUUGAGAGCAUCAGUUAAAGUAAAGUAGUGAAGAGGUAGAGUUACAGGUAUACAGUGAAUAGUGAAUAUUUGAGUAAUGUUCUAAUCCAGAUUAUGAGAAGCAACAACUACUCAACUAAGUAGAGAAAAAAAUUACUUUAAGAUACGAAGAUCAGUCAAUCUGAAAGUGCAGUCGCAAUGACCAUAAAAAAUGUUAUGAUGAUGGAACUGGCCCUCAUCAGGACCACCCCUGGAAAGGAAGAGCAAGUGUUCCCUCUGUUGUACAGGAUAAGUUCAUCAGUUACCAGCCUCGGAAACCACAAGUUUACAAACAGCUCCCCAGAUAAGAGCACCUAAAAGCUUCUUCACGGAGUAUUUUUUGGUGUGUUUAACACUUAUAAGUUACUACAUGAUUCUUUAUGUGUUCUAAAUGUAGAACAAAUCAUUUCAUUACAAUAUGUAGAAUACAUUCAAAGUGCGUGUGUGUGUGUGUGUUAUUGUUCUUGUUAUUGAAUUGGUACAUCGGGACCCAAAAGCCCCUGAUGAGCAGAUUAGAUCCACCUGAGAGUCAUGUGACCACAGUACUGUCACGAUACACACUUCAGCUGAUCACAGUUUUAUUAAUAUCACUACUUAUUGCUCUGCAGUGAAAAAAAGUGAGAAUGUAUCAUUACUGUGUGGCCCCAGAAAAUACAUUAUAAACUAGUAUAUGAAUACAUUUCAACAUUUCAUUAUAAACCCAGUAGAAGGUUUCUGAAUUUAUGAAGCAGUAAAGAGUGUCCAGUCUUUUGACACAGUCAGUCUGAUUAUUAGUGCAUCUUAAAUAAAUUAGAAUAUCAUUGAAAAGUUGCUUUAUUUCAGUAAUUCAGCUCAAAAUGUGAAACUCAUAUAUUAUAUAGAUGUAUUAAACACAGAGUGAUCUAUUUUGCACGCUUAUUUCUUUUAUUGUUGAUGAUUAUAAUUUACAGCCAAUGAAAAACCUGAAAACCAGUGUCUCAGAAAAUUAGAAUAUUAUAUAAGACCACUUUGUACUUUUGGCAGUGUGGGCAGUGUGCCAAGUCCUGCUGGAAAAUGAAAUCUGCAUCUCCAUGAAAGUUGCUAAAACACAGUGGAUCAACACCAGCAGAUGACAUGUCUCUCCAAACCAUCACUGACUGUGGAAACUUGGAUUGCUUGAACAGACUCUGCUCCCUUGAUUUCCUUUAAAUAAAAUGUAAAAUGUACUGAUGAUCAGUGAUGGUUUGGAUAGAGAGACAUGUCAUCUGCUGCUGUUGAUCCACUGUGUUUUAUUAUCAAGUCUAAAGUCAGUGCAGUUUUGUUUUCCCACAAAAUCUUACUUAAAGCACUACAUGCUUUCCUCUGCUACAGACAACCUUUAUGGAGAUGUUGAUUUCAUUUUCCAGCAGGACUUGGCAUACUGCCCACUAAUUUUCUGAGAUAGAUCACUCUGUGUGUAGUUCAUCUCUAUAAUAUAUACGUGUUUCAAAUUUUGAACUGAAUUACUGAACUAAAGUAGCUUUUCAAUGAUAUUCUAAUUUUUUGAGAUGCACUAGUAUAUAAGGAUCUGGUUAUAUUAUAUUAUAUUAUAUAUGGAUGUUAGUGCCAAGCGUGUGUGGCAGUAGUGUACUGUAUCUCCCGGUGGGGAAGCACUGUAGGAGCAGCGAGUACAGAAGUUUAUUAGUCGUCUACAGCCUCUGCCUUCUCCGUUCAGACAGCGAUCGUCUAUAGAAGAAGAAUAUUUUCAUACAGCAGCCGAUCUGAUCUGAUUUCCGAUCAUAAAUCCGAUCAGCUCCGCUCCCACUCCGACUCGAGUGCGUUUGUAAGUAGCCUUCCAGCCAUUUUUGUGAAAGAAGUCAUCAAUGUUUAUUGUAAAUAUUGGAAUAUAUUGCCUUUUUUCUGUACAUAGUGCUCCACUGUCCACAAUUGUUGAUAUGAAUCUGAUGGCAUAUUUUUAUAUACAUGUUUAAGUUUUUGUCUAUGGUUUUUUGUUUUUUUGUUUUUUCCUCGGGCAUGUCCUCCUCUAUGCCGCCACAUUUAAAUUAUAACGUUAUAGUAUUUUAGAAGAAGAGUAUUGCCUCUGCAGGUCAUGUUACAGUCCUCAUGGUUUCUUCACAACUUUUUUCCUGUUUAUGGUUCUGUGGGUUUCUUUGCAAUAAAAAAAAAAUCACUGA